AUGCCUCCGUUUGCCAAACCCGAAACCGUUCUCAAACGGUCCGAGGAACUCAUCAAUGUCGGUCAACAUCAGGCCGCUUUGACUGCUCUCAACGAGGUUUUCACUUCUCGUCGAUUCAAGCAGACUCCUCUUCAGUCUUUGGAGCCCAUCAUGAUUCGAUUCGUCGAUCUUUGCGUCGAUCUCAAAAAGGGCAGGAUGGCCAAGGAAGGUUUGAUGCAGUACAAGAAUGUCUCUCAAAACACCAACGCUCAGUCGAUCGAACUCGUCAUCAAGCAUUUCAUCAAGCUUGCCGAUGCCAAAGUCGUCGAGGCUCAGUCCAAGGCCGAUGCCGCUGUUGGCCAAGUCGAUGUUGACGAUCUCGAAGAGUCCGAGACUCCCGAAAGCAUGCUUCUUGGUUCCGUCUCUGCUGAUCAGAAUAAGGACCGUACCGAUCGUGCUCUCGUCACUCCUUGGCUCAAGUUCCUUUGGGAGGCUUACCGAACCGCUCUCGACAUUCUCCGCAACAAUGCCCGUCUCGAGCUUCCUUACCAGCAGAUCGCCAACCAGGCUCUCAAGUUUUGCUUGCAGUACGAGCGCAAGACCGAGUUCCGUCGUCUUUGCGAGGUCCUUCGUCAGCAUUUGCAGAAUGUCGCUCGUUACUCGCACCAUGCUCAUGCCAUCAACCUUACCGAUCAGGACACUCUUCAACGUCAUCUCGACACUCGUUUUGCUCAGCUCAACGCCGCCGUUGAACUCGAGCUCUGGCAGGAAGCUUUCCGUUCCGUCGAGGAUAUUCACAACCUUCUUACCAUGGCCAAGAAGGCUCCUCGUCCCGCUAUGAUGGCCAACUACUACGAGAAGCUCGCCCGUAUCUUUGCCGUCUCGGACAACAACCUCUUCCACGCUGCUGCUUGGAACCGAUACUAUGCUCUUGCUCGUAGCAUCGCCAAGCCCGAUGAGGAGCACACCCGCAUGGCUUCCUACGUCCUCAUCAGCGCUCUUGCUGUACCUCUCAUCUCUUCCAACGCACCCGGUACUGGCAACCUCAACAAGUCCAAGUCCGACUUUCUUCAGACUGAUCAGGAAGGCCGUUCCCGUACCGGUCGUCUCACUUCGCUUCUCGGUCUUUCGCGAACUCCCACUCGCGCUGGUUUACUCAAGGAGGCUCUCAACCGUGACAUCCUCAACAAGGCUCGUCCCGAGUUGCGUCAACUCUACAACAUGCUCGAGGUCGAAUUCCAUCCUCUUUCCAUCUGUGCCAAGAUUGAGCCUAUUCUUUCCUCAAUCUCACAGGAUCCCGAGAUGGCCAAGUAUGUCAAGCCUCUUCACUCGGUUGUUUUGACUCGUCUCUUCCAGCAACUUAGCCAGGUCUACGAUGCUGUCAAGCUGGAUAAGGUCAUGCAGCUCGUUUCAGCUUUCAAGGCUCCUAACAGCUACACUCCUGCCGAGAUUGAAAAGUUCUGCCUGAACGCUUGCAAGAAGGGUCACCUCAGCAUUCGUAUCGACCAUGUUGCCAAGGCUAUCACUUUCCAAGAUGACAUUUUCUUUACGCAUGCUCAUCCUGCUGCUUCCACUGGCAGCGAAGAUGAUAAUGUUUGUCUGCAGGCUACUCCCUCGGAGCUUGUUCGCACUCAACUCAGCCGUCUUGCAACCUGCCUCGACACUACUCUCAGCACCAUCGACCCUUGCAUCUUGGCUGAUGCCGAGGCUGCCAAGCGCCAAGUCUUUGCCCGUGCCGUUGCUGCUGCUCAAGAGGAGCACAAGGCUGCUAUCGCCCGGAAAGCCAUCCUUGCACGUCGCAAGGAGUUGCUCGAAGAGAUGGCUACUCGCAAAGAACGUCAAGAAGCUGCUGCUCGUCUCGAACGUGCCCGAGCAGCUGCCGAAGCCGAACAGAAACGCACCGCCGAAGAAGCCAAGAAACGCGAACAGGAUCGAAUCAACAAGGAACUCGAAGCGGUUCGUAUCGAGGAAGCCAAGAAAAUGGCCAAAUCCUUACAGGAACGUGGAGGUCUCAAACUCAGCGAAGAGGAACUUGCCAAUAUGGACACGAACAAGUUGGUUCAGAUGCAGGUCGAACAGAUCGAAAAGGAAAAGAAGGAGUUGGCUGAACGUUUGCGUUUGAUCCACCGCAAGAUGGAUCAUUUGGAACGUGCUUAUCGUCGAGAAGAAGCUCCUUUGCUCGAUGCGGAUUACGAACGACAGAAGCAAGAGGAUCUCAAGUACCACAAGGCUGCUCGGAUCACUUUGCUCCAGACUUCAAAGCAGAAGCAUGUAGCUGAUUUGGAGAUCAAGAAAAAGUUGACUAGGAUCUUGCCCGAUUACCAACAGUUGCGUUCCAUCAUCGAAGACAAACGAAGGGGUGAGUUUGAGGAACGAAGAAGGAAGGCGGCCGAACAGAUUGAGUUGGAGAAGGAGAAACGUCGUCAACAGAUGCGCGAACAGAGGAGACGCGAACGAGAGCAAGCAGAACAAGCUGAGCGUCGUCGUGCUGAGGAGGAGCAAGAAGCUGCUGCUAGAGCCGAGCAGGAAGCUCGUUUGGCUGAACAACGUCGUGUUGAAGAAGCUCAGCGUGCUCAAUUGGAAGCUAAGAAACGUGCAGAGAUUGAAGAGAGGAUGGCCAAGUUGCAGGCUACUGCGGAGAAACAACGACAGAGGGAGGAGGAAGCUGAGGCUAAGAUGCGUGCUCGUAGUGGUGCUGGUGCUGGUACUGGUACUGGUACUGGUACUGGUGCUGCUGCUGGUGCUGCUGCUAGAGAGGGUUCUCCUGCUGCUAGCAAUGGUAUCUACCGGCGAGGCAUGUUCCGCGGUGCUGCCGCUUCUGGUGAAUCUCCUGCUGGUGCUGGUGCUGGUGCUGGUGCUGCUUCUUCGGGCGUGUUCCGCCGCGCUGCCGCUGGUGCUGGAGCCUCUACUGCAGAUAGUGGUGAGGGAUGGAAAGAGAGUGAAACAGCCCGCAAAGCCGCCUCGACUCCUUCCGCUCCCCCUGCCACUGCCACUGCCACUGCCACUACGGACAAGGACGGAUUCACGGAAGUUAAGAAAUAUCGUCCUCCUGGUCGUCGUUAA